GCGGCGGCGGGGAGCCGAGCCCCGGACUCUGGUGCCUGCCUCCCGGCUCGCGGGCACUGACUGGAGGCGGGUGCUGGACUCGGAGCCCCGGAGCGCGUCCCAAACACCAUGCAGAACUACAAGUACGACAAGGCGAUCCCGCCCGAGAGCAAGAACGGGGGCAGCCCGGCCUUGAACAACAACCCCAGAAAGGGCGGCCGCAAGCGGGUGCUGCUCAUCUGCCUCGACCUCUUCUGCCUUUUCAUGGCGGGCCUGCCCUUCCUCAUCAUCGAGACCAGCACCAUCAAGCCCUACCGACGAGGCUUCUACUGCAAUGAUGAGAGCAUUAAGUACCCGCUGAAGACGGGGGAGACGAUCAAUGACGCCGUCCUGUGCGCCGUGGGCAUUGUCAUCGCUAUCCUCGCAAUCAUUACCGGGGAGUUCUACCGAAUCUACUACCUGAAGGAGAAGUCUUCCUCUGUGAUCCAGAACCCAUAUGUGGCCGCUCUCUACAAGCAGGUGGGCUGCUUCGCCUUUGGCUGCGCCAUCAGCCAGUCCUUCACGGACAUUGCCAAGGUGUCCAUUGGCCGCCUGCGGCCCCACUUCCUGGCUGUCUGCAACCUCGACUUCAGCAAAGUCAACUGCUCUGUGGGCUACGUCCAGAUCUAUGAGUGCCAGGGAGAUGACAGCAGGGUCCAGGAAGCCAGGAAAUCCUUCUUCUCUGGCCAUGCCUCCUUCUCCAUGUACACCAUGCUCUACUUGGCGCUGUAUCUGCAGGCCCGCUUCACCUGGAAAGGAGCCCGCCUGCUCCGGCCCCUCCUACAGUUCACGUUGAUCAUGAUGGCCUUCUACACUGGCUUGUCUCGGGUGUCAGACCACAAGCAUCACCCCUCAGAUGUCUUGGCGGGAUUUGCACAGGGAUCCCUGGUGGCCUUCUGUAUAGUCUUCUUCGUGUCCGACCUCUUCAAAACCAAGACAACUAUUUCCCUGCCUCCCCCUCCCAUCCGAAAGGACAUCCUCUCCCCUGUGGACAUCAUAGACAGAAACAAUCACCACAAUAUGGUGUAGGCCUCUUGGCUCCCCCCGGAGAGUUUUGCGAACUGACUGCUGACAGCACCCAUCUGCUGCUGCUCUCAAAUCUCAUCAGACAGUAGAAUGUAGGGGAAAACUACUUUUUGCCCGCCCGAUCUUUUUAAAAGAAAAAAAAAAAUCUUACUCUGUGGCCUUGUGAAAUUGGUUGUGGUUCAACCAGAUGGAGACGCCAGUGAAAACGGACACAUGACUGAGUUCUAGGCUCACAGUUGGUCCCAGGAGUUCAUGUUGUAGUGAACGCUGGCUUGUUCACAGGUGAACACUGAGCCGGGUUUGUAGAGCGGUCCAGCGCCCAUUGUACAAGCCACUUCCGAUUGUAGCCCUCCAGAAGGCAAAGACAGUACUGAACUGAGCUUUGUGGGUGGCGAUCUCCGGAGUUGCCUCUCCUUGCUUUCUCUGGCCUCCUGGUUGGGACGCUUGGCUCCCUGCUGCCGGGAGACCCCCCAGGCAGAAGGGUAGUUGCUCUGGCUGCCCUGAAGGAGCUGUCUGGUCGGGACUAGUACCUUACUUACCACUUUACCCUCGUUCCAGCCAGUGACUGAAGUUAGCUCGCUUUUUGCCACUAGGAUACUCUUUGUGGACAACUGACUUUUACAGACAGCACAAGGGUGAGAAAAAGCGGAGGGGGGUGAUGCCCUUUUCCAGCCAUCACCCCUUAUCUUUGAAUGCAUCAGUCUCAGAGUGGUCAGGGGAUGACCACAGAGAUUGAUCUGCACUUGCAUUUGGCUAAGUCAGGUGCAUUUUAGAUGAAGUGAGGCGUUUGUUUCCCCCCUCCCUUUUCCUCCCCCCCCCAAAAAAAAGGAUUAAAAUGAAUACAUUUUGUCAUUUUCCCACGAGCCACAUAAUCUUAGACAAGUCCAGGGUUAGGGCUGGAUUCUGCCCUGAAGGAAAGUACAACGGGAUGGGGGGGUAGGGGGAGAUGGGACAUAAAAAACACCUGGCCCAGGGCAACAGGUUGUGUCCCACACCUCUAAGGGCGCCUCCUUUUGGGGCUCAUGAGCCCUGGGGGCCCUCUUAGGCAUUCUUCUUGAGAUGUGUAAAGCACUAUGGAUUUGGGAUGGAGUCCCAGGAGCUGAGGAUUCAGCGGGCUUCGGCACACUCUGCAGGGCAGAACGCAUGCCCACUUGAAUCCCUCGGCGGUUUCAUUUCCUCAUCCUCUAUCCGGAAGGCCCGACAGGUUAGGUUUUCUUAGAGGCAGUAGGUAGCAAUCCAAUGACUUGGCUUUCCCAGGAAAGGAAAAAAGGGAUUUAAAAACAACCACCACCACCACCACAUUUCUAGAUCUUGGGUGAAGACCUUGCAAAGGGCUUAGCAUCUAAGGGGUCAUAUAAAACCAAACAGAUUAGCCAUGAGCACAUUCAUCUUCAAGAAUCCGUCCUACCAUUUCAAUUAUAGCAAGCUAUGAUUUUUAUAUAUAAAUAUAUUAUAAAUAAUGUAUAAAACAUUAAAAAUUAACUAUGUAAAAUAUUAUUUCUGAAACAAUUUUAGAUAUAUCCACUAUGAUUAUCAACGGAGUCUUGACCUGUGUUAUUUACAUCGUGCUGCUUGAAAAAGCAUUGAGUUACUUUUUGUUUUUUUCAUCUAGUCAACUAAAAACGUUUGUAGCUCUGUAGGAGUCGUCAGGAGAUGAAGAAAAGAUAGCAUCAGCUAGAGAUGGUUGUAUAAAAGAAAAAAGGUGAAAUUGUCCGUAUUUUUGUAAUGUUGACAUUUGUAAAGAAAAAGACUAUUCAGAGACUUUUGUAGAAUACAAAAACACAAAAGUUUGUAUCCGCAAAACAAUGGCUGUAUAAAUGUGCUUUUGAAAUAAAAGCUCAUAACAUGACUAAUUACA